AUGUAUUAGGGAUCCAACCUUUCUCGUACAGGUCAAAUGGCUGUAUCAAACGAGCAAGUCUCAAACUAGCUGCAACUGCUCAAGGCAAAAAUGAGCAAUCGUGAUACCUGGUAACAAGGAACCAGUCAGCAUCCAGACAGUUAUCCUCAUACACAACCUACUAAACCAUCGCAAUCCCCACUUUAUCCCAAAAGUGACUAUGAAUUUUACACCAUGAAGCAACAAGCAUAAUAGCCAAUGUAAACCAGUUCCCAACAAAAGAUAAUUGAUCCACGCACUCUCAAUUAUCAAUAAUUAUAAUAAUACAAACAGCAACAAGUACUUCCUCCUUAAAAUUCUAAUCGAAAUGAUCCCUAUCUAGGUAUGAAUGCCAUUAAUAGACUCAACUACUAUGACUAACUUCAAAAGUACAAGGAAGACCCAUACAAAAAAAGUAAUAACUUAAACACUUACAAUUCUCCAUAGAGCUAUUAUGAACAAUAAUAAAAUAAAAAGCAAUAAUAACAGUAAGUAAUUCAAUAACCUCCUAAAUAUUAUGAUGAUAUCUUAACCAAGAAAUAAUAGCCUUAUGGAUAUUAAUAAAAUAACAAUUAUGAUUUCACAUAAUAGCCAAUUUCAUUGCAAAAUAAAUAUGACUUCAUGAAUUACAAUAACAACUACUCGAAUAAUGGGCUAUAUGGCAAUAAUAUGUAAUAUCAAAACCAAAGUAAUCCUUAUAAUAAUAACAAUUAUAAUUAUAAUUAGCAAUAGUUCUCCUCUUAAAACAAUCAAUAUAAUCCAUACAAUCUUUAUGGCAAUCAGAAUUUAAACACUUAAUAAAACCAAUAAUAAUCUUCAUAGAAUCAAUAUAAUUACAAUUAGAACACAUAGUCCUUAUCUCCACUCAAGCAAUAAUAGCCAGCCUAAUAAUUCAAGUAUUCUCAAAACAACUCUUAACCUCAACUCGAAAAAAGAGAAAGACAAUUUGAAAGAUAAUAUGAUCCACUCCCUGAAUAAUAAAAGCAAAUGCAGCAGACACCAGAACAAUACAACAAACCUUAACCCCGAAAACCACAACAACCCAUGUAAUAGCCAUCUUACAAUUCAAACAACAAUAGAGCAUUAAAUCCUAUUGAUGAAUUACCUGCUGUUGCUAAGAAAAAUCAAACCAAUUCUAUUCCACCUCCAGAGGAUGACGAUGAUGGCUACUUACAAGAAUGUCCAGAAGGGUGUGGCAGAAGAUUCAAGGAAAAUGCCUUAGACAAACAUAUUAAAGUAUGUAAGAAGGUAUUUUAAUCAAAAAGAAAAGAAUUCAAUUCAAAAGCACAUAGAUAAGUUAAUUAAGAAUAAGCAAAAUUAGAAAAGCAAGGAUUGGUUAAAGAUAAAAUAAUUGAAAAAAAAAAAUAAAUGGCUUAAAAUGGAGAUCCGAAAUGGAAAAAGCAAUCAGAAGCAUUUAGAUAAAUGAUAAAUGCAGCAAAAUCUGGAGGAACUGCCGAUAUUCAACCUUAAGAUGACUUAGUUGAAUGUCCUGGUUGUGGUCGUAAAUUUAGUGAAUAAGCAGCUGAAAGACACAUUCCAGGUUGUAAAAAAAGGAACUUCAAAAGAUGA